AGUAUAUGUUUUUGAAACAAGAAGUAGGACGUUUCGGAUAUUUUCGUAGUACUCUUUUUCGGGAAUACGUAAAACUACGACUCUCGAGAUAUUAAAAAAGUUUUUCGCCAACGCGCGCUGUUUUUGACACAAGGAGACGCGAGAGCGCCAGACAAAAAUAGAAGCGCGUUCGGGAAAAAAUGUAGUAAGAGAAAUAAGUGAAGUUCGAAUUCAAAUGACGGUGGAACUGUUUUAUGCCCCUCCACUUGGCACCCGAUUUCUCAAUUCAGUGUAACCAUGGAACUUGCGAAAGUACACUCUAAACUUUUUGAUUUACGCCGAGUAUUUUACUUUGUAUUUUAGAGGGGGUUGGGCUCGUGGUUGAGCUGCGACCGAAUACUUUGUGCCGUCUAAGCGAAUCUAGUGAAUAAACUAGUUUGCCCACGAUAACCGCGAAAUAGAAUUAAUAACCGUGGUUUUCCGUCUUGUAAGUUAGUGUAAUUUUGAAUAAAAUCGAGCUAAACGGCCGCUAUUGUGUAUGCGCAAAAGCAAUGAGUACAUUUUCACUUCAUGGAUUUAUAAAAUAUCGCAAAAAUGUAUUAAAACUAAAUAAAAAAAUACCACUCGAUAAGCUCUUUAUCACCUGCUCUGUAACUUGCUGGCUUCUUAAGAUAACGAUAGUUGAUAUCGUACUUUCAACCAGACAAGUUAUUAAAUUGUUAUAAACGCUGAGUCUGCAAUUUUAAAUUAAUUUUUGACAAGCGACAUUUAUGUACAUCGGUAACUACUUCAGCAAAAUCAAAGAUGGUAGGUGCGAUAUUGAGGUGCGAUAAAGCCUGCAUUAUCUUUGUUUUCUUCUUCCUGCUGAUAAGAAAUGGUGAAUCCAAAUGUGAACUUCAAGCACUGAGUUCCGCACGUUAUGAUGUAUUAAAUAUUGAAUCUGCUACAGGACCACUUAUAUUUACAUACGCUAAGCAGAAACCAGAAAUCCGCUAUCUUAUUAUCAUCAAAAACGAUUUUUGCCUUUUCUUUUCUUCGGAUGAUAAGGAACGACCAGACAUAAGACUGUAUCUCUCAUGUCCUGGACACAAUCUAAGCAUGAAAUUUGAACUCUCUACCUACGUAUUGAGUAUUCAUACAACUUUUUUAACGGCAAUUGACGGCGAUUUUAAUAUACACAGUUUUGGGAAAUUCAGUGCGAGUUAUCCGAACUCAAUUAGGUGUACCGAUGAACCAGUUCAUGUUAUGAAUAAAGUGAGCGAAGUCAAUUUAGAUAAAAUAUAUUAUUCAGAAUGUUAUUAUUCCCAUCCAUAUUUUUAGAAUAAAGUUUUUGGACGGACAAAAGUGGUAGGAUAACCCUGGUUUCUCAAAAAAAUUUUCUUUAACUCAAAUUCAUAAAUAAACGGCAACGUUUCGUCCCUGGUGGGGACCUCUUCAAGCCUUUAUUAAAACAGAAAAAAUUAUAAAUGUAUAAAAUUAUUCUUACAAAAUAUAGAAAUCAUUAAUAUAAUUGUUGCACAGCAGUCGAAAAACUUAAUGGUCAUACCAUAAUAAUUAAAUAAAUAAUAUCACAAGAGACAAACGUGUCUCUCUUGUCGUAAGUGUUAUCAGUCUGUGGAAGCCGUAUAAGAAA